AUGCAAUUCACCACUGCCUUCUUCGCCCUCACGGCCGUCUUGGCCAGCCGCAUCGGGCUCACUGCUGCGCGCUCGCAUGGUCAUUGCGCUUGCCAGGCCGCUUCCGGCGGCGAGGUUGAUGCCGUCGUGACUGCCAUGGUUGUUCAGUACAACCCCAACAAGUGGGAACUUGCAUCUUCUCCUUCGACCCUGGAGCAGGGUGCUCACUUUGCUGGAACUUACGCUAUCGCCAAGAACAAUGGAAAGAUUGAUGGAGACGACUUUUUCAACCAGUGCAAGGAGUACGGUGCCGCCGACUCCACUUGCUUCUAA